CAACACUCAGCCCUCACUGUUGCGUUUGAAGGGCAGACGAUCGACUGGUCAGGAGGCAAGGACGCUACUGCUGCGAGAGAGAGAGAGAGAGAGACAGACAAACAAUGAUGGCGAGCUCCUAGCCAGCAGCUCUGAUAUGCUCAUUUAACGAGGGGGGGGGGGGGGGUUCCUCGCACGACGCUGAGCUGCAGACCCGCGAGCUGACGCUGCAGCGAGCUGGAGAAGGAGAGAACAGUUUGUCCACUGAACACUGACGGGUCUAGAAAGCACAGGGAAAAUGAAGUUUGCUCAGUUUUUGCUGAAGAGCAGCUCUGUCGCAGGGAUACCAAAACAAGUGGAGAGGUUCGCUAAGUUCUCCCCCUCGCCCCUGUCCAUGAAGCAGUUCAUUGACUUCGGCUCGGCCAAUGCCUGUGAGAAGACCUCGUUUGUGUUCCUGAGGCAGGAGCUUCCUGUCCGACUGGCCAACAUCAUGAAGGAAAUUGAUUUCCUCCCCGACAAGCUCCUCGGCACUCCAUCCCUAAAGCUCCUCAUAAGCUGGUAUUCCCAGAGUUUGUUGGAGAUUGUAGAUUUCUUAGAGAAGGAUCCGGAUGAUAAGGAUGUCCUGACAAACUUCACGCAGACUCUGGUGAACGUCCGCAAUCGGCACAACAACGUGGUGCCCACCAUGGCACAGGGUGUGGUGGAGUACAAGGACGCCUUUGGCGUGGACCCCGUCACCAACCAGAACGUCCAGUACUUCCUGGACCGCUUCUACAUGAGCCGCAUCUCCACACGCAUGCUCAUGAACCAGCACACAUUAAUCUUUGAUGGCAGUGUGAACCCAGCCCAUCCGAAACAUAUUGGCAGCAUCGACCCCAGUUGUGACGUUGUGGAGGUAAUAAAAGAUGCCUAUGAGGCGUCAAAGAUGCUUUGUGAGCAAUAUUACCUGACCUCUCCCGACAUGGAGAUCACAGAGGUCAAUUCCAAAAACCCUGACCAACCCCUCCACAUUGUCUAUGUGCCAUCCCAUCUCUACCAUAUGCUGUUUGAGCUUUUCAAGAACGCCAUGAGAGCUACAGUAGAGACCCACGAGAUGAGCCUAACGUUGCCCCCGAUCAAAGUACGAGUCUCACUGGGAACUGAAGACCUCACUAUCAAGAUGUCUGACAGAGGAGGCGGAGUCCCGCUGAGGAAGAUUGAGCGUCUGUUCAGCUACAUGUACUCCACGGCUCCGAGUCCAGUCCACGAAGACAACUCUCGCAAUGCACCACUGGCUGGUUUUUGGCUAUGGCCUGCCCAUCUCUCGUCUGUAUGCCAAGUACUUCCAGGGAGACCCUGCAGCUCUACUCUAUGGAGGGUUACGGCACCUCCGCCUGUCAUAUACUUGAAGGCCUUGUCCUCUGAGUCCGUGGAGAGACUUCCUGUUUUCAACAAAUCCGCCUUGCGGCAUUACCAGACGAGCAUAGAGGCUGACGACUGGUGCAUGCCCAGCAAGGACCCAAAGAAACUGGGCAAUUCCAAGAGGCUUCUGUGAUGGUGGAUGCAAGUUAAGGACAUUUAUAUAGUUUAAAUUAAAUGAUCAUUGAAUAAAAAAAGAAAAGGUCCAUCUUGGAAGAAAUGGACAAACCUGUAUUGUAGUGGGUGAAGGCACAAAGGCUUUCAGCAUGCUACUGGACCUGGACUUGUGUACGUGGAAUGUGGAUUCAUUUUUUCAAGAGAGAAGCCUAAGACAGGCAGGACAAUGCUCAUUGUUGGUGUCAAGAAUCAGAUAAAUGCACCGAAAUAGCUGAACUGAACUAUUACUACCAGCCUCAAGGCAUUUUAAUAUAAUUAUAUUGUACGAUGAUUACAGGCUGCUAAUGGUAAUAGAGUAUUACUCUUCUUUUGCCACACUCACUUUUCAGUUAUAAUAACCUAGUUAUACUUAGUAAGUAAGCAUGCCGUUUGUGUUUAUGUCCCAUUUGUUUCUUUCAAAACAUAUCAUUUAAUAACCGUAAGACUGGAAAAUUGUCUUUGUUUAAUUAAAUUACCGGGUAAAGUUUUCUCCUUUUUUUUUGCGUUAGAUUAAAUGUUUAUGACGGCCUAGAACAACCCAGCCACGGCCAGCUUCAGUAGGGUCCUUUGAGUUUAAGGGAACACAUUCAACAGCUCCAGCAUCAAAACAAAGGGAGCAAAGUCUGUUCCUCCACCUUUCUACAUGUCGCCGUUUCAGUCCUUUAUGACUUCCAGCAUUGCUUCACACAAACAACUUCUCUAUUUCAUUAAUGCAAAUACAGCUUUUCAGAAACACUAAAAGAAGAAUUUGAUUGUGUGUGGUGUAAAAUUCCAUCAAUGUAAAAUCAAGUGUUCCAUUUCAGUCUUUUUAGCUUCUUCUAUAUGUGAUGUUACCAUGAUUGAUGGAUGUUGAG